GCUCAUCUGCCAAUUCACAAACCUAGAAACCCACCCUGAAGCAAACAAGUCCCAGCUAAGAAGGUGCUCAAAUGGCGUCCCAGCUGGUUGAGAGCCACCGUGCCGGCGCCGAGGUCCACAAGGGGAACGAUAUCUGCAAGAAGAAGACCGUCGAGCUUCUCGAAGAGCUUGGCCUCCCGGGGGGCCUCUUUCCUAUGGAUGACAUCGAGGAGGUCGGGCACAACUGUGAGAGUGGGUUUGUGUGGAUGCUUCAGAAGAAGAAGAAUGAGCACAUGUUCAACAAGCUCAACCAGACCACCGUCUCCUACGACAAUGAGGUGGCCGCUUUUGUGGAGAAGGGCAAGAUGAAGAAGGUCACCGGGGUCAAGAUCGAGGACCUGUACUCUUUGGUCGAGGUCUAUGUGGAUGAGUCUUCUGCUGAUGAGGUUACCAUCAAGACCGACACCGGUCUGUCUGACACCCAUGAUGCGGCCGUGUUCGCUCUUGGGGAAUAG